AAACCUAGUUCCAUCAACAAACCUACGCCUGUUAGGUCAGCUGCUUCGGUAGAUAACGCCUAUUUUACCAGAUGCUACCGAAAUAAAGCAAGAGGAUGUACCUCGAAUCCAACCUCAACCAUCACCACCAAUAGACAUGCUCAAUUUAAACCAGCCCCAACCCCAGCUGCCGGUGCAAGAUCCACAAGCCACAACGAGUGACGCUAGUUUCGAUUUGCUUGGAGCAUUCGGGGAUGAUAAUUCAUCUGGCAUUGGCUCUGUUCCAAUACCUGAUAUUUUAGAAAUUAAUGUACAACCAACUUCAAAUGCCAACCUUGAUGAUAUCUUCGGCUCAGUUGCUUCAUCGGCGCCGAAAAUCAACCUGAAGUUUGAUAUAUUUUCUGUACACCAGCCGACACCAACUAGUGCAAACCAACCUGGUGUACUGGUGUGUGUCGCGUCAGUCUCAGCAAAAUAGUCUUGCAUCAACAACCAGAGCUUAGUACGUCA